AUGAGGACGCUUCUUGAUACCGCUGUCGAGGAGCUCACGUAUGUGCCUACCAGUGAAAAAUCUCAGCAAAUAUACGAGGACCUAUUAGUUUGGUGCUCAGAACAAUUGGAUAGCGACGUUCCAGGAGACAUUGUCCAGUCGAUGGCCGACAUUAUUCUAGAGAUUUUGAAAAAUGAACGACUGACAGAUCUGCAGCGAAAAGACACUAUUGAGGAGACUAUGGGUAAAAAACUUGAGGACGAGGUUUUUCAAAAAGUUCUCGAUCUGAGUAAGGAAAUUGACGAUUGGAAGCGUCCCGGGGGUGACGAAGAGGGGGGAAUAAUCAUAGAUGAGGAGGAUGAAGACGCUGCAGAAGACGAAGAAGAAGACGACGACGAAGAUGAAGACGAAGAUGAAGACGAAGAAGAGCCUACUGAAGCUCAAGAAGUUCACGACGACGUUGUUUUGCUUACGGCUGACGGUUCUACCGACACCGAGGAGUUCGAUAUCAAGUCAGUCGAUAAAUAUUAUCUUACACGACUAUUGGCUCAAGAGUUCAAGGAUCUUGACUCCUACAGACACACAGAACUUUCGCAAAGCAUCAAUGAACUGCUCACCAAAUUUGCUGAGGAGGAACUCGAUAUGCGCAAAUUGGAGUCCAGUCUUCUUCAGUUGUUUGAUUAUGAGUCCAAUGACACGGUGAGGAAAAUUACAAAGCAUCCGUUGGAGAUAUAUUUUGCUAUCAAGCUUUCUCAAGCCUCAGAGGCAGAAAAAUCACAGAUUUUUGACACCAUGGUUUCUAAAGGAUUAGAGUCUUGGGUCAACCAGUAUAAGGGCAUCAGAAAACAUAGCGACGAAGAGGCAGCAACGAAACGACAGAAGCUGACUGAAACACAAAAGAAGGAUGUCCAAAAACAAGUGCCCAGAUACAUUGAUAUUGAGAGCUUGAUUUUCGAGCAGGGCUCGCAUCUCAUGACUAAUACCAAAUUUCAGCUUCCUCAAGGGUCCUUCAAACGCGCUCGCAAAAGCUGGGAGGAAAUCCAUAUACCACCUCCUAAAAAACCAGAAUUUCAGGCCGACGAGAAACUUGUUGACAUUACUGAGCUGCCGGAAUGGGCGCAAACGGCAUUUCCUUCAAACGAAACCAAAACUCUUAAUAGAAUACAGUCCAAAGUUUAUCCGGCAGCCUUUCAUGACGAUACGAACAUACUAAUGUGUGCUCCUACGGGAGCAGGUAAGACCAAUGUUGCUAUGUUGACAGUUUUGCGAACGAUUUCCAAGUUUAUGAGUGACGAUGAAACCAUACGUUUGAACGACUUUAAAAUUGUAUACAUUGCUCCUUUGAAGGCUUUGGUGCAAGAACAGGUGCGCGAAUUCCAAAGAAGAUUAAGUCAGUUCAAUAUAACUGUAAAUGAGCUGACAGGUGACUCCAAUCUCACUAAACACCAAAUCGCUACCACUCAAAUAUUGGUUACGACUCCAGAAAAAUGGGACGUGAUUACGAGAAAAAUGAACGAUGCGUCUUACGUUCGACUAGUCAGGCUUAUCAUUCUCGACGAGGUUCAUCUGUUGCACGAUGUAAGAGGACCAGUUUUGGAAAGUAUUGUGGCCAGAACUCUCAAAUAUGCGGAUGACAACAAUGAGGAACCGGUGAGGCUGGUCGGAUUAUCUGCUACGUUACCGAACUAUGUUGAUGUUGCUAGGUUCUUGCGAGUGGAAGAAAAAGGUUUGUUCUAUUUCGACGCCACCUACCGUCCAUGUCCACUGGCUCAGCAAUUCGUUGGCAUUACGGAGAAAAAGUCAUUGAAGCGCUUUCAGGCAAUGUACGAGGUGUGUUACGAUAAAGUUGUGGAAAACCUUUCCAAUGGACACCAGGUGAUUAUUUUUGUUCAUUCAAGGAAAGAGACGGAGAAAACGGCUAAAUGGAUAGUGGACAAGCUGAUCGAAACAGAGAGAGUGACGGAUUUGAUCAAAUUCACUCCAGGGGUUCAAGAGAUUUUGAGAACUGAGGCCGAAGAAGCGGCCAAUGAGGGUCUGAAAAACGUACUACCUAUGGGCUUUGGAAUCCAUCACGCCGGAAUGAACAAGAAAGAUAGAUCUACGACCGAGGACCUUUUUGCCCAAGGAUAUUUGAAGGUACUGGUUUCCACCGCAACUUUGGCGUGGGGUGUCAAUCUGCCUGCACACACUGUCAUUAUCAAAGGCACUAACGUUUACUCUCCUGAAAAAGGUACAUGGGUUGAGCUCUCACCUCAGGAUAUUCUUCAAAUGCUAGGAAGAGCUGGCAGACCAAGAUACGAUACUCAUGGUGAGGGUAUUAUAAUCACCAACCAGGACGAGGUUAAAUAUUACCUUGCAAUAUUGAACCAGCAGCUGCCAAUUGAAUCCCAGCUUGUCUCGAAGCUUGUGGACAAUCUCAAUGCCGAAAUAGUUCUGGGCACAAUUCAAUCUUUAGAGGACUGCAUAAAAUGGUUAGGUUACACCUAUCUGUAUGUCCGAAUGUCGCACUCACGCAGCUUGUACCAUGUUGGGAUGGAGUACGAUAAUGACACAGACUUGGUUGAAAGAAGGCGCGAUCUGGCAUACUCCGCUCUUCUGCUGCUGGUGAAAAACGGGUUGAUAAAGUACAGCUUUGAAAAAGACCAAAUCACGGCCACUGACAUGGGCCGUAUCGCAUCGCAUUACUACAUCUCUUACCGAAGCAUUCGAAACUAUUCCAAACACCUCAAUCCGGAUAUGAACGAAAGUGAUCUGUUCAGGAUGUUCGCUAGCAGUGAGGAAUUCAAAUACAUUCCCGUCAGACAGGAAGAAAAGAUGGAAAUCAAGAAGUUGAUGGAAAGAGCUCCAAUACCGGUGAGCGAAUCAAAUGAAGACCCACUUGCAAAAAUUAGUAUUCUCCUUCAGGCGUAUAUUUCACAGCUUCGCCUUGAAGGCUUUGCUUUAAUGGCAGACAUGAUCUAUGUAGUUCAGUCUGCAGGGCGUCUAUUUCGGGCCAUGCUGGAAAUGGCCUCAAAGAAAGGCUGGCCUCGGCUUGCUGUUCUACUGAUGGACCUAUGCAAAAUCAUUGAAAGACGUUUAUGGCUGACGAACUCGCCGUUCCGUCAGUUCCCCAAGGCUCCUUUUGAAAUCAUACAAACCACCGAGCGGUCUAUGACUCCAUGGAAAUACUAUUUGCGUCUUUCUGACGAAUUCGAGGUUGCCCAGGCUCUAAAGUCCGAGCGGUUCGGACGCAUAGGAUUUGAGCUACUUCAGAAAUUUCCCAGGUUGACAAUGUCUUGUCAAGCCCAGCCAAUUACUCCGUCAUUGCUGAAGGUGGAGGCAGAAAUCAUCCCUUCGUGGAAAUGGGACUAUGAUAUUCAUGGGUGGAGUGAGCAAUUCAUUCUUCUUGUGGAAGAUUGUGAUUCAGAGAAACUUCUUUAUUCCACCACGCUCAUUGUGCAAAGCAAAUACAUUGACCAGCCACAUCUAGUUGAUUUUACCGUGCCAUUUAUUGACUCCUCGCAGCCAAACUACUUUGUGUCUUUAAUCAGCGAUCGAUGGCUGCACUGCGAGUCAAAGGUGCCAAUUAUGUUGAACAACCUUAAAAUGCCGAAGAAAUUCCCUGCGCCUACACCCCUUUUGGACUUUGGUUUCAUUGAGACCAGUGAAGUUGGAGAGUUUAGCAAAAUUUUCAAUUUCAAGACCUUCAAUAGGAUCCAAUCACAGGUUUUCGAUACUAUAUUUAAUACAUCAGAGAGCACACUGUGUUUUUGCUCUAAAGGUUGCGGAAAAACAACUAUUGCGGAACUUGCGUUGCUGAGCCAUUGGAAUAAAGAAAAAGGUCGGGCUGUUUAUCUUACCACUAACCAGUAUCAAAUUGAUCAGCUUCUAAAACGGUGGAAAAAGGUUUUAGGCCCACUAUUUGGGGGCAAAGAAAUCAACAAGUUGACGGGCGAAUUAAGCGCGGACUUGAAACUGCUAGGAGGCUCGCAUUUGAUCUUGGCAACUCCCGAACAGUUUGAUCUAAUCUCUAGACGUUGGCAACAAAGAAAAAAUGUACAAUCGAUAGAGCUCGUUAUUGCAGAUGAUUGUCACGCAAUUGGUUUUGAUCCUGUUUAUGAGCUUGUUCUGAGCCGUCUCAGGUUUAUCGCCAUUAACCUGAAGAAGGAGAUCCGAAUUGUUGCUCUUGGGUCCUCUCUCGCAAACUCAAGAGACGUUGCUGAUUGGCUUGGGGUCCCCAAACAAUGCAAUUUCAAUUUUGACUCAAAAGAAAGAGAAUAUUCUCUUGAAGUGAAAUUCCAAGCUUACCAGCUAACACAUCAUCCAUCUAUGGUUUUGGCAAUGAUUCGACCAGCAUACAAUGCAAUCAGGGAUCUUAACGAGGAAAGAUGUAUUUUAUUUGUACCAACGAGGAGCCAUUGCGUUGAUAUCUCCAAGGAGCUGGUCAGAUUAAUGACAAAAGACGAUGCCAGCUGGCUGAGAACCGAGUUGGAAAGUAUUGAAAAGUAUCUGGACCGGGUCCAUGAUUCCUCUCUGAAAGAAGUUCUCAAAUACGGCAUUGGCUUCUACUACACAGGAAUGACUAACAGUGACCGAAUUCUUGUUGAGAAACUGUAUUCCGCAGGCGUCUUGACAUGUCUAAUGGCUACCAAGGAUACCUGUUAUUGGUCUCCAGCUGCAGAGUUUGUCAUUAUUUUGAGCACGCAGACUUAUGAAGGAAAAGAACACAGGUACAUUGAUUACCCAAUCAACGAUAUCCUCGAAAUGGUGGGCCUUUCGAGAAACCCAAACGCCACUUCCAAGGCGUUGAUUCUCACAAACGAAGAGAAAGUCGAUUACUACAAGAAGUUCCUUGGCGAGUCGCUGCCAAUUGAGAGUCAGCUGACAUAUCAUAUUCACGAUGCAUUUGUGAACGAUAUCAGCACCCAACUAAUUAGAAACAGACAAGACUGUGUUGAUUGGAUCACAUAUUCCUACUUCUACAGAAGACUACAAAGCAAUCCCAGCUAUUAUGGUCUGAGAGAUACGAGUGAGGAUGGUAUUUCUGAAUAUUUGUCGGAGCUUGUUGAAAAUACACUGAACGAUUUGGUGGAGGCCAAAAUCAUAGAGCUUGAUAUUGAUGAAGACGUGGAACAAGAAGAGGAAGAGGAGCUUGGUGAUGAAGUUAAACCUCUGAAUGGCUGCAUGAUCUCUGCGUAUUACAAUGUCUCGUUUGUGACUAUGCAAACAUUUUCGCUGUCUCUCAACAACAAAACUAAUUUGCGCGGACUCUUAGAAGUCGUUGCUUCUGCUCAUGAAUUUGACGAUCUACCUAUCCGAAACCAUGAAGACGAAUUCUUAGGAAAGCUUUACAACCGACUCCCAUUGAGAAGCGCAAGCAUCAAGAAUUUCGAAUCCCCAUCAUUCAAGUGUUUCAUUCUGAUCCAGGCUCAUCUUUCGAGAAUCAAUCUGCCCCCAGACCUUACAGGAGAUCUGAAUAAUAUUCUAUUGAAACUUGUGAACCUGUUAUAUGCAGCCGUUGAUGUUCUCUCAAGUGAGGGUUUCCUGAAUGCUAUGACUGCCAUGGAUCUGACACAGAUGGUCGUCCAGGCAAUGUGGGCUAACGACAACCCUUUGAAGCAGAUUCCUUACUUCAGCGAAGACAUCCUAAAAGAAUGUGAGGCAAAGAAAAUUGAGACCGUGUAUGACAUCAUGGCGCUUGAGGACGACGACAGAGACGAGCUUCUCAGAACGCUAAAUGAAAAACAACUUGGAAGUGUUGCCGACUUUGUGAAUAAGUACCCAAACCUGGAACUGUCUUACGAAUUGGACCUCAACGAACCUAUCAGAGCAAACGAGCCCAAGGAAAUUGUGGUGAACAUCGAACGGGACGAGGAACUAGAAGAAUUGGAUGCCGUUUGUCCUCGGUUCCCCUACAAAAAGAUGGAAAAUUGGUGGAUUGUUGUUGGCGAACACAAGAGGAAAGAAUUGUACGCCAUUAAAAAGCUUACGAUUUCCAGGGAGUCCCAGCAGGUGCAUCUAAGCUUUACCAUACCAGAUGCUGGAGAGCAUAAACUCGGCAUAUGGUGUGUCUGCGACUCUUACAUUGACACAGAUAAGCAGAUAGAGUUAGAUGUGAAGGUGGUUUAG